AUGCAGCCGGAGCCAGGGAAGGAGACCGGGAGGAGGGGCCCGCGGGAGCGAGCGAACAAGGGCGCGCAGGGAGCAGGGGCCGGCGUGGGGCGCGGCCAGGUGGAGCGCCCUAAGCCGGGCUGGGCCCUCACACUUGAGGGGCUGGCGGCCAUGCGGCCCGCGCAGCGCCACAGCCACCUGCUCUUCGGCGACCUGCUUGAGGACGUGGGCGCGGCCACCUGCCUCUUCCCGUGCGAGUCAGCAGAGGUUGGGUACCGCAUGCCGGACUCGCGUGCGUGGACGCUGCCGCUCGAGCCACCCGCGCAGCGCCAGGACCGGCUCCUCGGCGUCCUUAAGGCCGCCGAGGCCCGCGGCCGUGUCCGCGCGCUCCGGCUGCGCUACGCCCGCAUGCGGGCGGAGGAGAUCUCGCUCCUCAUUCAGCGCCAAAGGUCCGCGCGCGCCGCCAUCCGGCUGGAGCUGUUCCUACCGCCGCAGCUGAAGCCCACGAGGAUCCCAGACCCCCUGGACCGGCAAGAGAGGAGGCGCGUGGAGACCAUCCUGGAGGAGAAAGUCCACGGCAGCAUCUUCCCGCGUUGA